AAAAACAUAUAAGCAAAUACAUCUAGAAUAUAUUUGUGCUAAAGGCAGAAGUCCAUACAUACAUUUCAGCGAAUUUAUUUGACGAUUUUCUAGAUAGUGUUGGUAAACGCCUAAAGCUAUUAGGCUGGCGUUGUGCAUGUUUGGCAUGACCGCAAAAAAAGAAUAAUGCUGCCUUUUCCAUUGUUUGGUAGCAAAUAAAGUGCUUUAAACGGAUUUAUUUAAACAAGUAUAAUGUGCAUAUAGACCAAUGAAUGAGUUAAAGUGUGCCACUGCUAAACAGCAAAAUGAAAUCAUUCGUCAUGCAGUCGUAACGUUGCUAGUGCGCCUAUAAUAACGCUGAGACAAAAGCAAAAGAUUUCGCGCCGAAAAGGAGGACGGCAAAAAACACGCAUUGCUCGGCGAAACCCUAACAAAAACCGAUUCUAAAUGGACUCUGAUCCGAGAAAAAUGUGUGCCAAUUAAAAGCGAUUGCGUGCGGUUGUAAUUGUGAUCUGUGGAAAGCGUACCGCCUUCAGUACCGCCCUCGCCCUUCACCCCCGCCCCCUCUCCUUUGCCAACAACACAAACACAAUGGCCCCAGCGAAAAAACGCGAGAAAGACAAUAAUCCGGAUAGUUCUGCCGCAAAUGGCAUAAAUGGCCUCACCCAUGGAGCACCGGACGCGGGUAAUGCUGGCUCUACUGUACCGCCGACGACCGAGGGCCAGGUCAAACUCAAUGGCCACCAGCAGGAGCAGGAACUCUUUUUGCAGGCCUUUGAGAGUGAGUAGAACCAGAACCUUGGAUUAUUGUAUCUUCGGGCCAUCGAAUUAUCCACCGAAUAAUUACAUUGCAGAGCCCACCCAGAUCUAUCGCUACCUGCGCAAUCGACACGAGACAAACCCCAUCUUCCUCAACCGCACGCUAAGCUACAUGAAGGAACGGAUGUCGCGGAACAACAAGAAUCGGGUCAGCUUCCAGGUAAACUCGAUGCUGGAGAGCAUAACACAGAAAUCGGAGGCAGUGAGCCAAAACUACCUGCACGUCAUCUACGAUUCGCUGCACGAAAAAUUGCCGGCGAGGAUGGACAGCGACGGUGGCGAGGAUUUGCUGCAGGAACAGCUGCUCUGCGAAGCGGGCGAAUCUGUGAGUGUGGAGACAACGCUGUACAAGAUCACACGUAGCAAGCGAAAGGACAGCACUCUGGACUUUCAGGAGCUGCUCAGCAAGUGCUCGCAGAUCGUGUACAACCCAAAGGAUCGUGUGGGAGAACAUGCCACCAUUAGCAUUCCCCUCCAGACAAUGCGGCCAAUGGGAGAGCAGCACACACUGUACAAGCUGCUCUUUCGCAUCAAGGUGCUGGCGCCGAGUAAGUGCAACGACGAGAAUGCUGAAACUCCCCCGAACAAGCGGUCGCGUCGAAAUGAGAAAAUGUUCGGGUCGGAGCUUAUAUUGUACGAGAAGUCCAGCGGAUUUAUAACCGAAGGCGAGUACGAGGCCAUGCUGCAGCCUCUCAAUUCCACUAGCAUCAAGUCCUUCUCACCAAAGAAAUGCACCUGGGAAACGAUGCCCGAUAGCUACAUUCCACUCUCGCUGACCUACGAUGUCUACCAGCAGAGUCCCAUGCUCAAGUUCCAUCUGACGCUAUCCAAUGAGCAGCUUCCCGAGAUGAUUUCGGCUCCGGAGCUGCAGCGGUAUGUUCAGCAUCUGGAUGCGGUGGCCGAGAUGAACUACAACAACAACAACUACAAUAACAACAAUAACUGCAGUGGAUUGAAGAAUGGUGGAGGAGGCAGCUCGUUGUGCAAGACCACACCAGAGCACACUCAGAUCGUGUACAACUUCAUGUACAGCAAUAAUACCCGCCAGCAGACGGAGUACACUCAGGAGCUGAACUGCCCGUGGUGUGGUUUGGACUGCCUGCGUCUGUAUGCCCUGCUGAAGCAUCUAAAGCUUUGCCACGCCCGCUUCAACUUCACAUACCAGCCUGCUGGAAGUGGAGCUCGCAUAGAUGUUACCAUCAAUGAUGCCUACGAUGGCUCGUACGCUGGAUCGCCCUAUGACUUGGCCGGACCAUCUGGCUCCUCGUUUGCUCGCACCUGCGGCCCCGUGCGACGAACUUCGGUGACCAGUCUGAUGGUGUGCCGGCCCAGACGGCAGAAGACUUGUCUGGACGAGUUCCUAGAGCUGGACGAGGACGAGAUAAGCAACCAGCGAUCGUACAUUACUGGUCACAACAGACUCUACCACCAUACGGAGACCUGUCUUCCUGUGCAUCCCAAAGAGCUGGACAUCGACUCCGAGGGCGAGAGCGAUCCGCUGUGGCUUCGCCAAAAGACCAUCCAGAUGAUCGACGAGUUUUCCGACGUAAACGAGGGUGAAAAGGAGUUGAUGAAGCUGUGGAACCUGCACGUGAUGCGUCACGGAUUUGUGGGUGACUGCCAGCUGCCGAUCGCCUGCGAGAUGUUCCUCGACGCCAAAGGCACUGAGAUUGUGCGCAAGAAUCUCUACCGCAACUUCAUCCUGCAUAUGUGUUCGCUCUUUGACUACGGACUGAUUGCGGCCGAGACGGUCUACAAGACGGUACAGAAGCUUCAGGGCCUACUCAGCAAGUACGCCGCCGGCCAAGAGCUGAUGCAGCGACAGCGCGAGGAGCAACUGAAGUACUGGUUGGACGUGGGCAUGCAUAAGAAGCAGGAAGAUCCCAAGACACUCAAGUCACCCCAAAAACCAGCACCGCCCGCAGACCAAGCAUCUACCUCCUCCGCAUCCACCUCUGGAAGUGGUGCGGUGUCCAGCUCAAUGCAGCCACCCAAGCGAAUGCCGGCUCAUCUUAAACGAGGCAGUGCAGCCGUCGCCCCGGGAGUCCAGGGUAAAUCCACUGAAAAUGGCACCAACGGCAGCAGCAACAACAGCAAGAACGUGGCCAAGAAGAGCGCCGACCAGCCACUGAGCACCCUGGCCAACACUAGGGAGCGACGUUCCGAGCAUGGCCAGAAACGCAAUGUCACAGGAACGCGACUGGCGGCCACACCCGUAUUGAAGCGCAAGCUGAGCUCCAAAGAUAAUACAGUGCUAACCAAGCGGCACCGCUACAGCGAUGGAAACGCCGGGAUCGGAAAUGGACACGGAGGCGGAGGUGGAAGUGGAGCCAACCGCAACAAAAGCAAUAACCAUUCACUGCCAGCAACCAGCAACAACACCAGUAGCAGCAGCGGCAACAGCAACAAACGCCCAAUUUCCCGGCGUCGCUCCACAUCGGAGAGGACCAAGGCGAGCGGAUCGGCGGGAGGAGGAGCUGGUGGCGUCCGCACCAGGCUAUCGGUGCCGGCCAAGUACGAGAGGCGCUGACGCAGGCGCCCCCGCUGCUGCUGCUGCUGCUCCAACUCCUCCUCCUCCUCCUCAUCCUCCUCAAUCAUCGCCUGCCGUUGACCACAUGCAUCGGAGGGCUUAGUUUGUUUAAUUUGUAGAUGCAAUGCCAGGCCAGGCAAUCUUGCAAACCCUAACUUUACUGCUAUAUUCUAUUAUGUUGUGUUAUAUUUUAACCGAUUUAUCAUGUUGGACAUUUGUUAAGACUUGUGUCGAAUUUGAAAUUGACCUCAAAAUCGUUCAUUUGGUUCGUUUCUACCAGUUCUACACCAUAAUUGUAAUCUAAAAUCAAAUAUACAUUAAUUCAAAUUUGGCCGUUACUUAAACUUAACUUAACAAAUCUACAGGGCGAAUGGAAAACCAAAAUUCAAAACUGAUUUGAAUUAGCUUGCUUACACUUCACAUCUGGUUUGGAUUGUGUAAACUAACCUUUUGUGGCGAAACAAUGAGACAAUUUUAUCAUAUGUAAUUAGUGCAGAGUGUAUACAAAUAUAUAUUUACAGCAAUAAGUAAGUCUAUUUUUAAAGUAAAAUUCGUACAAGCAAAACAGCUCCAACAGCUCCAAAAUCCAGCAAGAACACUAUCACUAGAGCCUACGACUACAUUUAUAUAUACAUAUACGUGCAUAAAUAAAAAUCCACUUCGAGCACACGCAAAAGUAAUAUUGCUAAAAGCCACUGAAUAAAGUUUGCAUAUAUA